AGGGGAAUCACCGCGGGUUCAUCAUCAUACAAAAAACAAGUCUUUCACUUGCACUGUUUUUGCAUUUCAAACUCUUGUCCUGAGACCAAUUUUGCUCCAUCAAGCAUGUACUUUUGAUCUUGCGGAUUUGAGCAACUAUUGUUUGACUAUUUCAAAAUGAGUCUGACAGAGGAAGAAGCUGCAACUUACGAUCGGCAGAUUCGCCUUUGGGGUCUCGAUGCUCAGAAGAGGCUACGUGCUUCCCGCAUCUGUGUGCUGGGAGUCUAUGGCUUGGGAUCAGAGGUAUGCAAGAACCUGGUCCUUGCUGGAAUCAAGAGCAUGUGCAUCGUUGACCACCGCACUGUUGGACCAGACUGUAUUGGAUCUCAGUUUUUAGUCAGAGAUGAAGACGAGGGCAAGAAUAUCGCUGAAGCAGCAGCACCUCGCUUACAGAUACUUAACCCCAAUGUGCAAAUUCAAACAGAGACGUCCGAUCCGGAACAGCUGGGUGAUGAGUUCUUCAAGCAAUUUGAUGUUGUCUGUGUUCUUGGCCUUGCGGCGAAAAGCUCAUUUCUAGAACGCGUCAAUCGUAUCUGCAGAGCGGACAACAUCAAGUUCUACAGCGGCGGUAUCUACGGAUUCCACGGACAUUUCUUCACAGACCUGGGCAGCGAGUACAGCUAUGUCAUCGAGGAGAGCAAAAACAAAUUGGCGAACGUAUCCAUUGAUGAUGGCGCUGAUAAUUCCUCAACUGAGCCCAGUGCCAAGAAGAGCAAACCGAGUGAAGAAGCGAACGGGGACGAUUCCACUAAGAUGGUCAAACAGUGCAUGGAGUUUGCGCCCUGGGCGAGGGCGAGCAACCCUGAUUGGAGCUGUGGCGCAUCAGCGCGCACGAUACGAAGAACGUCCCCUAUCUACUUUGUCAUGCUAAUUCUUCAAAAUUUCAUUGAUCACCAUGGACGGAGUCCAGCCACUUCUUCCCAUGAAUCUGACUUCAAAGAGAUCUGUUCUUUGCGCGACAGCAUCUUGAAGAAACUUCAACUGGCGGACACCGUUGUACCGAAUGACCUCUUGAGACAAUGUAUCGCUGAGCUCAGUCCAGUGUGCGCCAUUGUUGGUGGUGUACUCGGUCAAGAAGUCAUCAAGGCUGUAUCUGGCAAGGAUGCACCCCUGAACAACUUCUUCCUCUACCACGGAGUGCAGGGGAAUGGAAUGGUGGAGAAACUUGGCUACAGCUGAGCUAUCUCUGUUGCACACUGAGUCUGUAAGGCUGUAGGUUGUGUGAAGUAAAUCACAGCAUCAACAUAUCUUCAGAAGAAUUUGAAUACGAGCUGGCAUGACUCUGUAGAGUGGACUGAAAGCUCAAAUUUCCAGUGAUUCGUCAUACCCUCCUCUCUUUGUUUACAGCUGAUAUAAAACUACUCCUUAGCUUUGAAGAGCCUCAUCAUCCCAUCUUAGGUAGGGUCAUUGCUAAACUCCUUUAGUUUGUACAUAGCAUAGUUUUUAGUGUUGCGUAAUGGCAAUGUUGAUUUUUUUUAUCUGUGCUACCAGUUCGAUACCAAUUUGGCUCCACUAUUGUGUUUCUUUUCCAAGCUGCGCGCAAAAGACCUCCCAUGCAGCAACAUACUGACUGGUCUCUAUUCGAUUGCGUUCCAACAUUGA